AUGAAAAUUAGUGGAUACAAGCUAAUGGAUAAGAAGCAGAACAGAGCCAGUGUAGUAUGGACUCCUCCAAAGACAAGAAACUUCAAGAUUAAUUUUGAUGGAGCUAGUCGAGGUAAUCCAGGAAAAUCUGGAUUUGGUGCCAUUAUAAGGAACGAAUUUGGCAACCUUGUUGGGGCAAAUUACGGUCCAUUAGGAAUCAAUACAAACAACAUGGCAGAAAUGGCGGGGUUGUUAGCUGGGUUGGAGUGGUGUGUGGCCCGUGGCAUCCAGGAUGUUGAAGUUGAGGGAGACUCACAAAUUAUCUUGAAUGGGAUUUCAAAACAAACUUUUGAAAAUUGGAAAUUGGAGGCGGUUCGUCCCAAAAUCCAAAGAUUAUGCGACAGAUUUAAUAAUCUCACCCUUAAACACAUCUAUCGAGAGGGAAACUUGGCGGUGGGUUGGCUGGCUAACUGCGGUAUCAACUUUGAUGGCCCGAUUCAGUUGACAGAAAAGGAGGAGCUACCGGAUGGAUUGGUAGAGAUCCUUGCUGCAGACAAAGUCAGAUUUCCUAAAACUGGAAUCGGUUGA